AUGCGGGAACUAGACGCCCUCAUCUCAGAGUACAGACAUGAGAAAAAACGCCCACGCGAAGCAGAGGCACUUUUUAUCCUACGCAAAGUGGCUUCCAUGGUCAAACCGAUCAUGCGCCAGCGCUGCUGGAAAGUGGGUUCUCUUUGCGAGUUUUAUCCAAGCCAAAAGAAUCUUCUCGGUCUGAAUGUGAACGGGGGCCAGAAGAUUUGCCUGAGAUUACGGUACGCUUCUGAUCAGAAGCAAUUUCUUCCUCUCGAACAGAUCGCAGAUACGAUGCUGCACGAGCUGUGCCAUAUUGUCCAUGGCCCCCAUAAUCGUGACUUUCACGCACUGUGGAAUCAGCUCCGUGAUGAACACGAGGAACUUGUGAUCAAAGGAUACACAGGAGAGGGCUUCCUCUCCAAAGGCAAACGGCUAGGUGGAGCCAGAAUACCCUUGGAUGAGGCUCGUCGACAAGCUCGUGCCACCGCAGAGAAGCGGAGACUCCUCGCCAAAAAUUCAGGAAAGAGGCUUGGUGGUGCUCCUGUCCUCCGGGGAACAGACAUGCGCAAGGUCCGAGCAGAUGCCGCCCAGCGUCGCGUCGAGGUAUUGAAUGGAUGCGCAUCCGGAACAGACCGAGAAGCUGAGCUCGUGGAGGAAGAAUCCAAAAAUGGCUUUAGAACGAAGGCAGAAGAGGACGAUGCGAAUGAAGAAGCUAUUCUUCAAGCCUUCAUUGAGCUGAUCCAAGAGGAGGAAAGGGAAAAAUAUGGGUCUUCAUAUGUGCCCCCAAGCCAGGAAAACCCGGCAGGACCUCGAACAGAGCCAUCUGCAUGCAAACCAUCUGCUAGGGAUACCGCGAAAUCCUUGCUAGCUAAGGCGUCAGCAAAUACAUCCUCCAGUUCGUCUAGUGCCAACAAUAGUUCAUACGAUGCUGCGUGGACAUGCCCGAUGUGUACACUGGAGAAUCCGUCUAAUUUUUUGUGCUGUGAUGUGUGUGCUACCGAGCGCCCGACUCCCACCAGUACUCAAUUGAACAAGGGACCAACAAGACAGCCAUCUGCUCAGAGUAUUGGCGCGGAAUCGCAAAAGCCAAAAAAACGCGCGCUGCCAGAUACCACGGAAGCAAAAAUUGAUCCAGCCCGUGAUACGUUUGCAUUCAAGAACCGCACCCGUGCAGUGGACACCUUGUCAUCUCUGAGCCGGGAAACCAGCAAACGACCACUGGGAUGGGUUUGCUCAUGUGGCACCUUUAUGGAAACUCAAUGGUGGACAUGUUCUUUAUGUGGAUCGAUGAAGCCAUCAUCUUGA